AGGGUUCUGAGCGGCCGCGGGGUCUGCCGGGAGCCUGUGGGGCCGAGUCCGCCGUCAUGCUGCUUUUCUGUCCCGGCUGCGGGAACGGGCUGAUCGUGGAGGAGGGACAGCGCUGCCACCGUUUCGCCUGCAACACCUGCCCUUACGUGCACAACAUCACCCGCAAGGUAACCAAUCGGAAGUAUCCGAAGCUCAAAGAAGUGGAUGACGUGCUUGGUGGAGCAGCUGCUUGGGAGAAUGUUGACUCUACUGCGGAGCAGUGUCCCAAAUGCGAACAUCCUCGUGCCUAUUUCAUGCAGCUUCAGACCCGCUCUGCAGACGAGCCAAUGACGACCUUCUACAAGUGCUGCAAUGCACAGUGUGGGCACCGCUGGAGGGACUAGGGCGCAGCUGGCCAGCUGUGUCCGUGUCUGUUCCCUUGUUCCCCAGAGUGGACUCCCAUCUGGGAGCGUGUGCUGUGUGUCCUGAGAGUCUCUGCUGGGGUGGUGGAAAGCUAACCGUGUUAUGGCUGUCAGCCAGGGUGUCAGGAAAGGUAGCCCAUCUGCCAACUAGUGGGUGAACUCAUUCAUGUCCCGGGAGAUUUUGUGCGUGGGGAGGAGUUUCCGUAACUACGCACAUUCUGUUUAAGGUCCUGUUGGUUCAUCUUUUACAUUUAUCGGGCAACUGACAUUCUCUCACCAUCCACCAGCACUCUUAAAUAUUUACAUUGUUCGCACAACUCAUCAAGUAGAACUUAUUAAUAUAGUACAUUAGAUGUUCCUAAAUAUUUAACUGUUAAUUGCAAACUUAUUUAAUAAAAAUUUAUGCUGAGUAUUUAAUUAAAACGAAAAGUCUGA